AUGACGAAAUUUAGAGGCUGUAUAGAUAUCCACUCGGGACAAGUAAAACAGAUUGUUGGUGGAACGCUAACGCAGGAUGAUGCCAAAUCCUCAUCACAAGCAGAUAAAACCACGGAGAAUUUCGUACUGACCAAACCAUCAUCAUAUUAUGCUGAAUUGUACGCCAAUAACAACCUCCACGGGUGUCAUGUUAUAAAACUAGGCCUGAAUCCGGAAAAUGACAAGGCCGCUGAAUUGGCAUGCAAGACAUGGCCAAACAAUUUACAAGUGGGAGGCGGUAUCAAUUUGGAGAAUGCACAGGAAUGGCUCGAUAAAGGUGCGUCGCACGUCAUAAUCACGAGUUGGCUCUUUUCUCAAAACAACGACACGAAUAAGAUGGAGCUCGAUUUUGAAAAGUUAAGGAGCAUUAGUGAAAAAGUGGGCAAGCAACGUUUGAUAGUGGACUUGAGUUGCAGAACAGUUAUCAAUGAAACUGGGGAAAUUGACUGGUUUGUUGCAAUGAACAAAUGGCAAACCAUAACUGGAAACAAAUUAGGCAGAGAGUUUUUGUUGAAAGUGAGUCAGUACUGCGACGAAUUGUUGAUCCAUGCGGCAGACAUUGAGGGUUUGUGUAAAGGUAUUGACGAAAAGUUGGUUUCACGUUUGGGCGAGUGGUGUCCUUCCGACUUUGACGGCAAAAUAGUCUACGCUGGAGGAGCCAAAUCACUUCAAGACCUUCAACUAGUUGAAGAAUUGAGUCAUGGGAAGGUUGACUUGACAUUCGGUAGUGCUCUUGAUAUAUUCGGAGGAGAACUUGUCAAGUUUGACGAUUUGAUUAAAUGGAAUCAAGAAAAUUGUUAG